AUGGACCGCUUCCAGGACGGGCACCACGUGCGGCUGCGGAGCCGCGUGCGGCGCAACUACAUCCAUGCCGCCGAGGACGGGGAGAGCGUCACCCUCAGCCAGGUCCGCGUCUCCAUGAACGCGGCGUGGGCGGUGCACAUCUACAACGGUGACGACGGCCCGUACCUGCUCCUCUACAGCGCCGCCUACGGCCGCUACCUCGCCGCCACGGCCACGCCGGCGAGGCUCGGCCACCACGGCCUCCGCGCGGAGCUUCGCGACUACAACCAGUCGGAGCUGGAGGCCAUCACGUGGCGGGCCGUGGGGUCGGGCUUCGCAGACGACGUCGUCCUGCUGCGCAACGUCGGCGGCCUCUACCUCCGCUCCAACGGCAGGUACGUCCGCUGGAACGUCGGCGUCAGCGUCGACAACAGCGUCAGCUCCAUGAUGUACUACUGGGUCGUCGAGUCCAUCCCCGCCAGAGAGGACAUGCCUGCCCUUCCUGCCCCACCGCCGAAUCCCCCAUACAGAUACCUCCGUGGGGUCCUCUACCUGGAGCCGGGGCGGCUGAUCCGGUUCGUGCGGGCGCUCGACGACGGGCACUACCCCGAGGACCCCGGGAACGAAGGCUGGCGCCAGAUCUGGUUCAGGGGCAGGUCCGCGUUUCGCCUGAGGGACGACCUGGGGUUCCUCCUCGGCGCCGGCGUGUACCACCGGAACAUCGCCAUGUGCGUUCGAGCGGGCCGCCACGGGAGGCUGACCCCGCUCGUCGUCGACCUGCCCGACGGAGGCUAUGGCGACACCCUCGAGAUUGUCGUCUUCCGGGCCGACACCCCUGCCUACAAUGAGCUGCGACACCCGGAUGUCCACGCGGAGUAGAGGAAGAUCGGAGCAGGGGUCCUGAAAGUUCACAUGUCCACAAGUUUCGCUGCCUGGACGACAAUAGAACUGGGCGCCUACUUCUGCCUAUGGGUAGA